GAGCCUCUCGCCCGCCCCGGCGCCGCCUCCCCGGCCGAGGGGGAGCGAAGGCGGGCGGGAGGAAGGGGAGGGCGCCAGGAAGGGUCCCGAGGACGCCGCCGCCGCCGCCUCCUCACAUGACUGCCGAGGGGGAGAGAGGCGAGCAAUGGACGAGGAGCCGCCCGCCGCGGGAACGGGGGCAGCCGGAGGGGCCUCAGACUCUGCAAAGCCUCCAAGUGAUCUGAAGGAGCCGGAAGAGUCUCUGAUGCAGACUCCCCAGGGGAACCCGCUGGUGCUUCCCCACACCCUCCCAGAGCUGUUGAGCAAGGACACAGUGCAGGUGGAGCUGAUUCCUGAGAAAAAGGGGCUCUUCCUGAAGCAUGUGGAAUAUGAAGUUUCCAGUAAGCGUUUCAGGUGCUCAGUGUACAGGCGGUACAAUGACUUUGUGGUCUUCCAUGAGAUGCUUCUUCAGAAGUUCCCCUACCGUAUGGUUCCUGCUCUUCCCCCCAAAAGAAUGCUAGGAGCUGACCGAGAAUUUAUCGAGACGAGGCGGCGCGCAUUGAAGCGCUUCAUUAACCUGGUGGCUCGGCAUCCUCCGUUCUCAGAAGAUGUGCUUUUGAAGCUCUUCCUCUCCUUCAGCGGGUCGGAUGUGCAGAACAAGCUGAGGGAGUUGGUCCAGGGUGUGGGAGACGAAUUCAUGACUUGCAAGCUCGCAACUCAGGCCAAGGAUUUCCUGCCAGCUGACAUCCAGGUCCAGUUCGCUGCCAGCAGAGAGCUGAUCCGAAACAUCUACAACAGCUUUUACAAACUGCGGGAUCGAACGGAGAGGAUAGCCUCCCGAGCAGUUGACAAUGCCUCAGACCUCCUUUUGUUUGGGAAGGAACUAAGUGCUCUGGGCUCCGACACAACCCCACUCCCUUCCUGGGCUUCUUUGAACAAUAGCGCUUGGGGAAACCUCAAACAGGCCCUGAAAGGCCUUUCUGUCGAAUUUGCACUACUGGCUGACAAAGCUGUUCAACAGGGUAAACAGGAAGAGAAUGAUGUGGUGGAGAAGCUGAACCUUUUCCUGGACUUGCUCCAGUCCUAUAAAGAUCUUUGCGAGAGGCAUGAGAAGGGAGUUCUGCACAAGCACCAGAGAGCCUUGCAUAAAUAUAGCAUGAUGAAGAGGCAGAUGAUGAGUGCCACAGUGCAGAACAAAGAGCCAGAGUCUGUGGAGCAGCUGGAAUCCCGAAUAGUGGAGCAAGAGAACGCUAUUCUGACUAUGGAGCUGCGGAAUUACUUCUCUCUGUACUGUCUGCACCAAGAGACCCAACUGAUCCACAUUUACCUUCCUCUAACAUCUCACAUCUUGGGGGCUUUUGUCAAUUCACAGAUCCAAGGUCACAAGGAGAUGAGCAAAGUCUGGAAUGAACUGAAGCCGAAGCUGAGCUGCCUUUUCUCCGGAUCAAGCAACUUGUCAGCUCUACCCUUGUCCUCCCAGGAAGUCAACUUCUUUCCUAGUUAAUGCCUUUGGACUGUGGGGCGUGGCAGGGAGCGAAAGGGAGCAGCUUGUGCUCCUGCGCAUACGAAUGUCGAGAAGUCUCCUCCCAUUGGCUACAUUAGUCCUUGUUGUUUCGUUUUGCUGCUUUGAGCUGCUCCAUGAUAUAUGGGCUGCCGGGAAAUGUGACAGUGCCUAGAGCGAGAAUGAGCAAGUUCAAACGGUUGUUAUCUCUGCUUCAUCAGUUUUGCUUGUGCGCACAGCCCCUUCGUGCGACUGAUCAAACACAGCAGUGACUCUUUCACUCACUUGUUUCCCAUUCAUCCGAACCAGGAAGCUGUGGUUAGCAGCUUUGGAAUAAGCCACAAUAGUAAACCAUGGUGUGAUGUUGGCUUAAUGUACUGGCCUGCUCUGAAGCUGUUGACCAUACCGUAGUUUGCCAGUUUGGGUGAAAUGGGAAAAUCACAUUAAUGGAAGACUUCCUGACUCGCUCAAGUAGAAGGAGGCACAAGAAGGCUGUUUGUUCAGCCAAAAGACUUAUUUAGAUCUUGGUAUUAAGCAGAGUUGAGAUUCAGUCUCUCGCCUUUUAUAUUGUUUUUGAAGGACUCUGGGGCGACGAUGAAUUUCUUUGCUCCAAAAGCUUUGGUUUUAUUCUCUGCUAGGAGCCUUCUGUUGCUGAUACACUCUUCAAUUUGAAUAUUUUUGGAGUUUAUUGAUUGGCCCUAGGAAAGCAACUCUUUUGCAAAGUAACUAUCCUCAAAGGAUUCUUGUGAGUUUUUAUUUUAUUUUAUUAAGGGAGGGAUCAGCACUCAGUGGUCACAGCUCCCAGAUCCAGUGCUUGCCAUCUCCCAUUAGAAGGCUCAUGCAGCAGGUGAAGGUUGGGGAGGGUCCUUCUCUGCCUGAGUCUCUAGAGGGCCACUGUCUGCCAGACAAGGCAGGACUGGGCUAGAUGAGCAAUAGUCUGAUCUGGUAUAAGGCAGCUUCCUAUGUGCCUUGCUUUAUAUGUUCCCGAGAAUGCAGGUGGCAAAGGUGAGGGUGAGCAGAAUGCCAUGGGCCAAAUCUGUCCCCAAGUGGGCUGCUACCCAAUCGCCUGCCCAAAGACACAAAGGCUGUGUACACGCUCCUAUUUACUCUGCAACAAGUGUGCUCCUACAAUGUGUUUGGGAAGUGGUGAGCAUGCGACGUGAGCCACAAGCCAUAUCUACGGCCAUCUGCCAUGGAUGCUUUAGUUGAGAUUCUUGCAUUGCAGGGGGUCGGACUAAAGGACCUUUGGGGUUCCCUUCCAACUCUACAAUUCUAUGAUCCGUUCAUUCCUUAUAGAGUACUGCAGUUUGAUGCAUUUCCCUCCAAACCGGCUUCAAUUUGAAUUGAGAAAAGGACAAUCGAGUUGUGUUUUCAGCCGGUAUCAUAUACACAGUCACAAUGUGCAGAAAGGGAGCUGCGCCUGUGGCAUUAGGGCACACCAGCAGUUCACGUUGCCUGUGGCAGUUGAUACCUUUGCCACCUCCCACUUCUUAAAAGUGGUUCUCCAGCAAAACCAACUGCUGGCCAGGGACCAAAGGGACAGUUGAAAUUAGACCUUUUAUAGCAGAAAACUUCUUUUGCAUAUGCUUCUGUUCCAGCGUGGUGUGCUUGCAGUGAUGUACACACGCAAGGAAGCUGUAUCCUUUUCUGGGUAAACAUCCUCUCCAAAAUAUAUCAAAUGCAAAUGGUGAAAACCAUGACAGGAAGAUGUAAUGUGGAAUAUCUCCAUUAAAGGCCGUCUUUAGAAAGCCAUGCAGAAUAUAAGAAUAAUUUGUAUAUCAAAUACACACUUAUUUCCAAAUGGGACUAAUGAAGUCAAAAAAGAAUUUAGCAUUCCACAAAGGAAUGAGGCACAGAUUUCAAAGUUGCUAAACUGAGAUAGUAUCAAAUACUACUCAACCAAGUAUAAUGCCUUAAGGAUGAAUUAAAGAGAAAAUCAACAAUGAAUUGAGCAAGCAAAUAUAUUAACUUCGCACACUUUAGUGUUUGCUAUUUUACUGGCUGGGAGAUUUAUUAGUCUGAUUUAGAGAUAUAGAUAAAUACAUUUUAAUAUAUUCUGAACUGCUUUCUGAUAUGGUCUGUUAAUUCAGAUAUCUUGUGGUUUAUAUUUUUCACUGGUAUGCAUUUCAUAUAUUUUAUCUGUUUGGCUGUGUUUUGUCUCCCACAUUUUCAGUGCUUUAAAAAAAAUUAUCGCACUGCAGUAUGGAAGUAUGCAGCCAUCAGCCGUUUUUCAGAAGCAUGGCAUGGGGAUCACAUUGGAAGCAGCCACAUUAUUUCCAGCUUCAAAAGGUGUGUGAAGCAUUUGCUUCAUUCUUCCCUUUAGAAUUGCAAGAUA